AUGGCUAUUUUCUUCUCCCGGAGACCGGUCCAAAACCUGCCAGGAUUCAAAGUAUCACCUACAGGCAGCGCCCAGAGCAGCCACGUGCUGCCCAUGUUCCACGGCUCCACAGGGAAGCUGCAGCGACAGCUGCGCAAGGGCGAGUUUGCCAUGUUCAGGCACAGUCCCAUGUUUGAGAGUGACUUCAUCCAGAUCAGCAAAAGAGGAGAAGUUAUCGAUGUGCACAACAGUGUGCAAAUGGUCACUCUGGGCAUCGCAUACAGCAGUCCCAACCUCGUGAUACCUGAUGUCAUGCUGCUGGCACGGCCAGCUGCCAGUUGUGCAGUCGAUGGCAAACAUGACCAACACACCCAGGGAAGCGGACUCAAGUCAGCCAAGAGCUUGGAGCUGACCAGGCUGCUUCCUUUGAAGUUUGUAAAGUUGUCUGUCUACAGCCAUGAGAACAAACAGCUCCACUUGAAGCUGGCCACUGGCCUCUCUUUCUACCUACAAUUAUGCCCCGCUUCAGAUGCAAAAGAUCUGUUUGCACACUGGGAAGACCUGGUGUUCUCCCUGCAACCGCCAGUGGAGGCUUACAGCAGCACCCACGCUGUACCCGCUUGUGACGGGAUGGACCUACCUGUGCUGGAGGCAGAGGACAGGAAGAGCCCAAUGGCCAUGGAGAGCCAUGGAGAAGGUGACCAAGACCAAGUCAGCAUUAGAAGCCUUCCCAUGGUCACUGAGGUGUCUGGGGCCACCUCUCUUGCUUAUGCUGGCGGGGAAGAAGUCCAAGAACAUGCUUCAGACAAAUACUCUGUGCCCAGGAUCACACUGUCUUUCCUAACCCCGGCACCGGCAGGGCCUGACCAAGGGGCAGAGCCAGGAGCAGCAGCAGCAACCCCCCAGGGCAGUGUGAGUGAGGGCGCAGGAGGCAAGGUGCCCAGCAGCCCUGUUACGGAGACCAUGGAAAGUCCAGGAGCUGAGCCCUUCGUCUCAGCUUGGCCGAGUGAAGACAAUGUGAGUGAACAGACUGGAGCCCAGAAAUUCUCCCAAUGCCAGGCUGAAGCCCUUAGAAAGGGAAAGAAAAAGAAGAAAACUCCCACCAAAAGGCCCUCCCAUUCUAGUAGGAAGCAAGAGGACAGGUCAAUCCCAAGAUCCCAUGGAACCACUCAGGGAGAGCAAAAGGACAAGGACCAGAGCAGCCUGGAGGGCCAAGGACAUGGCUCCUCUCCUCAGGAAUACAGGAGCCUCAAUGUCACCCAAAAGGGGUCUAGGUUAUCUCAAAAAUCGGUAGGAGCUGAUUCAGAGGAUGAUGACGACGACGACGACGAUGAUGAUGAUGAUGAUGAUGAUGAUACCACAACCUAA